UUUUUUUUCUCACACUGCACUUUUUUCCUUGUCAAACUAUCAUGCUUUUUGAACGACUCUUGCACCGAACCUCCCGCACUGCCUUUGCACUCCUUAGCAAGCGAGAUUACAGCGGUGGCCGUUUGAAGGGAAAGAAUGUAUUGAUCACAGGAGCGUCGUCAGGUAUUGGAGAAGCUUGUGCGCGCGAAUUUGCUAAAGAGGGUUCCAAUCUUAUUCUGGCCGCCAGAAGAUUGGAACGCCUGGAGAACCUGAAGAAGGAGCUGAAACAACAAUAUGGAAACAUUGAUAUCCACACAGUCGCUUUGGAUGUUAGUAAAAAGCAAUAUAUCGAUUGUGCUGUCAUCCCUUUGAAAGAAAAGAUUGAUGUAUUAGUCAAUAAUGCCGGCUUGGUGAUUGGCGUGGAUCAUCUGGCGGACGUGUCGGAGGAAGCAUUUGACACGAUGAUGGAUACCAACGUCAAAGGACUCGUUUUCCUCACUCAGGCUAUAUUACCGGGUAUGAAAGCUCGACAGACAGGUCAUAUCAUUAACCUGGGCUCUGUUGCUGGUAAACAAAGCUACCCAGGCGGUAGUAUUUACUGCGCUUCGAAACAUGCCGUAGACGCAAUCAGCCGAGCGUUGCUGUAUGAACUAGUGAAUACACCUAUACGUGUCAGUCAAAUAUGCCCUGGAUUAGUCAACACCGAGUUUUCCACCGUACGAUUCCGAGGCGAUAAAGAAAAAGCAGACAACGUGUACAAAGGCGUCGAACCUUUGGUGGGCCAGGAUAUUGCCGAACUAAUCACAUUUACUGCUUCACGACCUCCUCACGUCAAUAUUUGCGAUAUGCUCGUAUUCCCAACCCAACAAGCCGAUGCUCGUACAGUCCAUCGCCGAGAACAAUGAUGAAACGAUAACCUACAACACAUCGAAAAGAAUGAUGAACGAUCCGAGAAGUUUGUUUUUGUUUGUUUGC